AUGUCUCUCACGACGUCGACAUCGCCUGCUUCGCCAUCAGCCCCCACGACGUCCAGCGAGAAGACUGGAUCAGGGCUGAUCAAAUUUGAACCCGCGAAGAUGACAUGGCGGUGGUGGCAAUUCCAAUAUCGGAAUUACGUAAAACUCCGGAAGAUCACGGACAUUGAAGACCAGAAGUGUCUCUUAUUGGACGCCCUCGGCAUCGACGCUGGAGAAAUGCUGUUCUCCAUGUGUCUUCCGGGCAAUCCAGACGACUUCACGGUUGCCCAGAUCGUGGACAAGCUUGAGCACGCCUACGUGAAAAAGACAAACGCUGCAACCGAGUGGGCCAACUACUUUAAGUUACGGCAAGAGGCCGGCGAGACCUUGCUGGACUUUUCAAACCGCCUGCGACGAAAGGCGCUUCCCUGCGCAUUUCCAGCCGACGUGCUCGAGAAGAACAUGUCGGCGACCUUUCUAAACGGAAUCUCCAGCGACGCUACGCGCCAGCAUCUACAGUCGCAAACUUACAACACACUCGAAAAAGCUCUUGAGAUAUGUGAAGAAUAUGAGCUGCGCAAGUCCAACAAGAAAGGUCAGACAGCGCCGGAUGUGACGCGCGUCGACAAUGCCCGGAGUGGCGGGGGCGGUGCCAGCAGAGGACGCGGUCGUGGACGCGGCAGCAUGCAGAACCGUAGCAGCCGUCCUGACCGAAAGCCAGCUACCGCGAGAGAUGCGUGCGAUGGAUGUGGCUCCAUGCAGCACGAGAGGUCACAGUGCUGGGCGAAAGAUCUUGCCUGCAAAAACUGCGGUAAAAAAGGGCACAUCGCGAAGGUGUGUCGGAGCGGAAAGCAACCUGCAGCGCAGCAGCGAAGAGAUGGGCGGCGGACAUUUCUGGUGGAGGAGGAAUUCGACGUCCUGUCCGUAGACACGACGGAUGGACGAUCCAUCCACGUACCAGUCAUCGGUACUGCAACCGUGGAAGUCGCCCACGCACGCACUUGCAAGUCACUGCCGAUUGUGGUGGUGGCCAAAGAAGGCAACGUCCUGGGAAGGGACUGGAUCCGCGCCUUGGACCUCAGCCGACUGAGUCUGCGGGAUUUGCAGUCGACUAUGGUGUCCACAGUUUCCGGCACGCUGGAGGUGGAACAGUUGCUGAAGAAGCGCAGCGCUGUUUUCCGGGACGAACUGGGCCAUUGUAAACAUUACAAGGCUCACCUGCACUUAAAGCCGGGCGCGACGCCUGUAUUCCGGAAAGCCAGACCGGUCCCGUUUGCUUUUCGCGAAGCACUGGAGCGCGACCUGGAUCGCCUGGUGGAGAGAGGCAUCCUUACACCAGUAAAACGGGCCAACUGGGCAGCAGUGGUGACGGCGCAGAAACGGGCUCGAGACAUCCGUACCUGUGCCGACCUUAGCACGGGACUCAACGACGCUCUCGACGUCCAGCAGUACCCACUGCCGACGCCCGAUGAGCUGUUUGCGAAACUGAACGGAGGAAAGCAGUUCAGUACGUUGGAUCUGGCGGAAGCGUACGCCCAGGUGGAGCUCGAUGAGGAGAGCAAGAACCUGGUGGUAAUAAACACGCACAAAGGGUUGUUCCGGUACAACCGACUGCCCUUCGGUGUCGCCUGCUGUCCCUCCGUGUUCCAGCAGAUCAUGGAAAGCGCCCUCCAGGGAUGCGAGGGUGUCGCCGUUUACCUCGAUGACAUCAUCGUCACCGGGGCGACGGAAGAGGAGCACCUCCGGAACCUGGAGAAGGUCCUCCAACGUCUGGAAGAGCACGCGAGGGUGUCGCCAUUUACCUCGAUGACAUCAUCGUCACUGGGGCGACGGAAGAGUAGCACCUCCGGAACCUGA